UUAUUAAAUCAAGAAAACCAACUUGAAAUUGAAGAACACUCAACAUAUCCUUCUUCCACAAAAAUUAUAUAUAAAGAACGGUUUAAAAAUCAAACUCAACGUAGCUUUAUAUAUAAUAUUCAAAAAGAAAGUAUUUAUCCUUCAAAUAAUAAACUAGUUACAACUAUGAAACAAAAAAAUUUUAAAGAAAACACAGAAGAAAGUCAAUUCUUAAAAAACAAAAGACCAUUUCAAGAAUACAAAAUUCCAGACAAGUAUGCUCCUCAAUUUUUAAUCAAAUACGGAUUAAAUUUUGAAAAUAUAAUUUCAUCGAUGAAAUCGGCAACUCAAGCUGCAUUAUUAUAUGAGCGGACCAUUAAUCCUAGUUCUAAAAGUACAAUCUCAGGUCCAUUGGUUUUUGGAUUGCAAUUAAAAACUGUUCAAAAAAUUAGAGAAUCUUAUAACAAGUCUAGACAAGUUAAGCCUGCUAAUCAAUGUACUGAAAUGACUUUAGAAAAUC